AUGCACAGCUGCCACAACUUGAAUAACAAGACAGUAACCAUGGGCAAGAUCAUCUUCUACGAGGAUAGGAACUUCCAGGGUCGUUUUUAUGAGACCAGCAGUGACUGCCCUGAGCUAACCUCCUACCUGAGCAGGUGUCACUCCUGCAGGGUGGAGAGUGGCUGCUUCAUGGUCUAUGAUCGUGCCAACUACAUGGGAAACCAGUAUUUCAUGAGGAGGGGCGAGUAUUCUGAUUACAUGAGCAUGAUGGGAAUGUCUGAUUGCAUAAGAUCUUGCCGUAUGAUCCCUAUGUACAGAGGAAACUACAGGAUGAGGAUCUAUGAGAGGGAGAACUUUGGUGGUCAGAUGUAUGAGAUGAUGGAUGACUGUGACAACAUCAUGGACCGCUACCGUAUGAACGACUGUAUGUCCUGCCAUGUGAUGGACGGCCACUGGCUGAUGUACGAGCAGCCUCACUACAGAGGCAGGAUGAUGUACUUCAGGCCUGGAGAGUACAGGAGCUUCAGAGAGAUGGGCGGGAGCGGCAUGAGGUUCAUGAGCAUGAGACGCAUCAUGGAUUCUUGGUACUGA